CAUUCUGGCACGUAGUAGUCCAGUACAACUGGACUAAGUUCCUUCUUCUUAAUUCAACAAGUCUCAUCAAAUUUGGUGCACGAGUUGCGCGGGCAAAAAAUCAUCGUUUUAAAUUAAUUUAGAUGGAAGCUCCGAAUAUAAAACUUCCUCGUAAAGGAAACAAAUGCAAUCCAAUGGAAAUGUUUUAUGAAAUCGCCUAUUCGCGUUUUUUUUUUUUUUUAGGUUAUCGCAUAUUACCGGGCAUUGUUGGCGCGAAUUUUAGAAAAUCUGUUGCAAUAGCGCAGAAAGAGAAAUAUAUUAGUUGAAUAGAGAAAGGCAAGCAUGCAGAGCCUAUUUAUCCGAAGGAAUAUUUUGAUGGGGCAUUUGUCGUUCGCAGUGACGAAGCAGACGACACAGGCAAGAAAGUACUUCUGUUCUGCUGCGCCGUUUGCCUCAUCGCGCUGCUCAUAGGUCUGUUUUUAUGGACAUCCAAUUUAAGUCAGGAGGAGGACAUCGAUGGUACCGCCACCUACAAACCACCGAAGCACAAAGGUCCAGAAGGCAGCGGCGCAGCAACUACAACUCAGGACCUCGGAACAACUGCCGCGUUAACGACUAAAAUACACGUUACAGUUCAGCCCCUCAGAUCUGAAGAGGAUUCAACCCAGGGUGUAACAACGGAAUCAUCAGAAAUGAACACCGCAGCAACUAUUAUAGCUACUUCCAGUUCACCUGAGCCAGCAUCAAGCACCGAGACCCCGACUAAAGCAAUAGCUACGACCCCGACUAAAGCAAUAACAACGACCCUGACUGUGACGACAACACCGGCCACCACCAUAUCAACGAUACCACCCAUCGUUUACGGACCCCCGACCUUGUACUCUGUGGUGUGCACCGUGGACUGCAACAUCAGGAUGGUGGUCCCGCCGGACGGUGUUUGCGACUUUAUAUUUUUCGACUCUCUUUAUGUGACUUGCGGUGGCGGAGUCGGCGACGCGCAAACGACGCCCAAGUUACAGCGUUUCUUCGACCUGGCCGCUCAAGGCAACAACACGCAGUUUGGAUGCUCCAUCGACGAAUUAAAGCUUGGCGAAUUUGUCACUGACAUCGAGAAAUCAGAUUCCCUGAAAUGGGCUCAGGAGAAACUGUGGGCAAACAACGUGUACCACUGGGGCGUCAUGAAUAUCUAUCACGUUCUAUUUUUUCAAGACCCGGAUAUCGUGAAGAAAGCGCUCGAGGCCCUGAAGGCAGCGGCCCAGUUCUCCCAGCCUUCCUCAGAAAAAGGGGUGGCAUCGCAUACAUUUCUCGGAGUAUAUGCCAGAUGGGAUCUGAAACCCUGUGAAAAUAUCGGCCUCCACACGAAGUCUGUCUUCUCACCGGACAUGAUUGUCGUGCUUGGACAUUUUUCGUACCAAGAGAACAAGUUCAAGGGAUUCUUCUACACCUGCUUUGUAUUUUCGCCCAAUCUGCUCAUGAAUGUGUUGUAUUACAGUAACAGGGCCGCCCGCUACUAUCAUGCACUCGUAGAUGCGGUGGUCCUUGCAAAGUGUCUUCGUCAGGAUCAAGACAUCCAAAGUCCCCUUGCAAUUUCUUUUACACUGAAAGCCCGGAUGUAUCAGCCUGAAGUAAAAAAGCCCAUUAACGAAACGAUGUUCUCGCAUUGCGUUCCCGGAAAUUUUUCGCAAGACGUGGAUCCCCUUCAGUUCUGCGAUCUCGCCAAGAAAGGCUACGUGAGUGGGCCGUUCUACGAAAAUUUUGACAAAACGAUGUACGCUUUCGUAACAACACCGGAAAGGACCACAGUCGUCUACUUCGACAGUAGAUACACGCUUCGUAUAAAGAUCUGUGAAUUGAAAUACCAAGCACUGGAUCUCACCGUAAGCUUAGCUCCUUACGACGUGAAUUACGACUUUGAUUCAUUCUACUGCAACAUCGUCAGCAACUUUUCAAGGACUGCACACAUCGCGACGACUGUUUUAGACUUUAUUAAGAACCGUUUCACUGACGGCUCAAAAAAAAUUGGUUGCCUUGCUCUUGGAAAAGGUAUUUCUGGCCGAUAAAUUCGACCUUACUUUGGUGUCGUGUCAUCGUAUCUUGUUGCUGUUGCUGGGCACAGCAUUGCAAAUUCUAAGUGUAAGUGAACUCUGUGUUCGUGAUUGUUACCAAAAUGCCGCUGUCGUCUUUGACUAUGCAUUAUCACGCGGGCACCGUACAACUCCGCCAUAAUCGUACUCACGCCAAAGACCGGGCGUGGUAACAUGACACACAGUACCUUUAUUCAAUAAAACUGAGAUACGUUAGCGUGAGAAGGUAGCCAUCCUUGUUUUUUGUCAUUUCUUCAACUUCUCCCAACCUUUCCUUUUCUCCCUUACACUCUUCCUC